GGCCCAAUCUUUCCUUCUCCCGCUUCGCAUCUCCCAGCCUCCGAGUCUCAGGGUUAGGGUUUUCGCUUAGCUCCUAUUCAACUUUCAAUUGCUCUUGUUGUCCGAUUAUUCAGCGGUUGAUAUGGGUAAAAGAGAAAGAAAGCUGAAAGCGAACCCAUCAUCGCCACUAUCUGAAGAUCAAACUAAGGAAUCUGAAGCAGCCCGCGAUGCAAUGGGCAGCGACGAUGAUGCGGAGGCCAAUGAGGAUCUUAGUUUGAGAAUCGUUGAAACAGCCAGGCAACGCGCCAACGCCUUGAAAAAUGGCGCCGAUAUGGAGCAUAUGAAUGUAGACAGCAAGAGGAGCAAGCAAGAGAAUAAUAAAACGAAUAAGAAAAAGGGAAGAGACCACGAAUUCGAGGAGAAAAACGUCAUUGCGCAUGACUUACCUGCUCCUCGUGAAGUGCUUAAGGCUUGUGAAAACUUCUGCAGCAGCGUAGUCGGGGAGGAUAGGAAGGAAGAUGAUAAUGGAAGCACUAUCAAAACAAUGGAGAAUGUCAACAACAUUGUUGAAACAGAUCCUUCUGAAAUAUCAGAUAAUGUAGUCCUGCGAAAGCUUCUUCGUGGACCAAGAUACUUUGAUCCCCCAGAUAGUACCUGGGGAACAUGCCAUAAUUGCGGUGAAGAGGGUCACAUGAGUGUCAACUGCACUGUGGCAAGACGCAAGAAGCCAUGUUUUUUGUGUGGCAGUUUGGAACAUAACAUUAAGCAGUGUACGAAGGGAAAAGAUUGUUUCAUUUGCAAGAAAGAAGGUCACCGAGCAAAAGAUUGCCCUGAGAGAAACAAUGGAGGUUCUUGGAAUUCUAAAAUAUGUCUAAAAUGUGGGGAUUAUGGACAUGAUAUGUUUUCAUGUCACAACAAUUACCAUCCUUACGACCUCAAGGAGAUACAAUGUUACAUUUGCAAGAACUUUGGCCAUCUCUGCUGUGCUGACUAUCCUGAUGGUCCAAGCGAAGUUUCCUGUUACAGAUGCGGUACAUCAGGCCAUACUGGUUUGGCAUGUUCUGGAAAUUGGGGGGAGAGUAGUGGAAUGGGAUCGCCGUAUACAUGUUACAGAUAUGGUGAAGAUGGCCAUUUUUCACGGGAGUGCACUUAUAACAGGGGCGGUAAUAAAAGGAGCCGUGAUUUAUCAACACCCAAGAAGAAAGCAUCUAAUCACAUGAAGGAAGAGCAUAUUGGAUCCUGGUCUAUGCCCGGUGAUUUUGUCAAGACACGCAAGAAGAAAGAAAAAUAUGAAGAUUACUUUACACCAGAUCGUAAAACAAAACGAAGGGGAGGUUGGAUCAUGGACGAUGACCCUGGGGAUUUCUCAGGAUACAAUGAUAGUUGGAAAAGUCAUGCUUCUAGCAGUAAUAAAUCUUGGAAAUGCAGCAACGGUAACACCAAUGGCCAUGCUUCCAAUCCAUGGUCUCCAAGAAAGCCCCGUACGACUAACUUUAGCCAUUCUCAUUCAUCCGGUUCGUCCAAACACACCCAUCACAGGUUUUCGGCCUCCAGGUUUGGGGACUAUAGUCACGGCGAGAUGAGAAACCGCGAUUGGUAGCAAAAGGUCUAUUUCUUUUGGCCAUCAUGAAAGAUAUAGCCGUUGUGUGCUGCACACCAUCAUGGUCAGUGCUUGUUUUAGGUGAAAACAGAAGAAACACUAGGCAUGGCUGACCAGAAAUCUGGACAUUUUAUUAAAGAUUAACUCCCACCCUCUUAUUCGAUUCUGUUUGUUUUUUUUAAAUUUAUUUUAUUGGGUCCAGGCAAUUGUAAUUUAUACAGUAGUUUUCGGUUUUAACGUCUAAAAUGGGAGUCACUUUUGUCCCUUAUUUUCAUGUUAUAUAUAUCAAUCUACGGUUGUAGCCAUGCGUGUAACAUUUGUAUCGUUGAGGAGCUUUGCUUGUAGAAUAAAAAAUGGUUUACUUU